GCCGCACUUCAGUUUCUUUUCAGCGCAGAAAGUCGAUCAGACCUGAAACCGCGUCUUCUUCUUCUGCUGCGACGUUUUCUACUUUUCCUUCUUCUUCUCUCGCUGCGCUUCUGCUUUUGUUCCUCCGCAGUUUUUUCAUUUGAUUUUUGGCGCAGAUCAGCGAGCAUCGGGCCGGCGGCGCUGCGACAUGUUGCGGUUGUUCCUGCUCCUGCUGGCGGUGCCGGUGCAGACGGUUCGGUCCACCAAGGCCGUGUUCGAGCUGAAGGUCCAGACCGUCAGGAGCUCCCGCAGCAUCUGCGACCAGAACCCGGACUGCCGCAUCUUUUUCCGCAUGUGCCUCAAACAUUCGCAGAGCGUCAUCAGCCCCGAGCCGCCGUGCACGUACGGGAACGCGAGCAGCGCCGCGCUCCCCGCGGACCCCGGCUCCAUCUCCGGGAGCGCGCCCAUGAAGGUGAACGUCUCCUUCAAGUGGCCGGGCUCCUUCUCGCUGAUUCUGGAGGUUUGGACCGCAGAUUCCUCAGGUGUAAAGUCCACAGGCGACCAGCCGCGGAUGCUGAUCCGGGCGACCCGCCUCGGCAGCCAGGCGGUCGGGGAGGAGUGGUCGCAGCAGCUCCACCAGGCCGACCAGAGCGAACUGAGCUUCUCCUACCGGGUGGUGUGCAUGGAGAAUUACCACGGCGACGACUGCUCCACCCUGUGCCGGCCGCGCAGCGACGACUUCGGCCAUUACGACUGCGACUCCCGGGGCCGGCGCCACUGCCUGGAGGGCUGGCAGGGCAACUACUGCACCGAGCCCAUCUGUGCAGGCGGCUGCGGUGGGCACCGCGGCGUGUGCGAGGCGCCUGGACGCUGCCGGUGUAACGUGGGCUGGGAGGGGCGGCGCUGCGACAGCUGCAAGCGGCAUCCCGGCUGCCAGCACGGCACCUGCCAGCAGCCCUGGGAGUGCAGCUGCAAUGAGGGCUGGGGAGGCCUGUACUGCAACCAAGACCUUAACUACUGCACCAACCACCGGCCGUGCCAGAACCAGGCGUCCUGCACCAACACCGGCCAGGGCAGCUACACCUGCAGCUGCCGGCCCGGAUUCUCUGGAGUCAACUGUGAGAUCGAGACCAACGAGUGCGACAGCACCCCCUGCAGGAACGGAGGGAGCUGCACGGAUCUGUUGGACGGGUAUUCCUGCGCGUGUCCUCAGGGUUUCUACGGAAGGGACUGUGAGAUCAGCGCCAUGCGGUGUGCAGACGGGCCGUGCUUCAACGGGGGAACCUGCCUGGACGCCGUCGGCGGCGGCUACAUCUGCCGCUGCCCGGUCGACUUCACCGGCUCCAACUGCGAGAAGCGGCUGGACCGAUGCAGCAGCGGGCCCUGCGCUAACGGUGCACGGUGUCUGGACCUCGGCGGCCGGGUCGUGUGUCACUGUCGCUCGGGCUUCACCGGGACUCUCUGCGAGACCAACAUCGACGACUGCGCCGGCAACCCCUGCCGCAACGCCGGCACGUGCCUGGACGGCAUCAAUGACUUCAGCUGCUCGUGCACCCUGGGCUUCUCUGGCAAGGACUGCUCGGUGCGCACCACUUCCUGCGACUCCUUCCCCUGCAGCAACGGGGGAACGUGUUACGCCCACUUCUCCGGCUUCGUGUGCCAGUGUCCGCCGGGCUUCAUGGGCGCUCGCUGUGAGUACUCCCUCAGCAUUCCCUCUCCAAGACCCCCAGAUGGCGGCGACGCCUCUCCGGCGCUGAUUGCCGCCGUCGCGCUGGGCCUGGUGACUCUGUCGCUCCUGGUGUGCGCCUCCAUCCACGUCCUGCGCCAGCUGCGCCGGGGCAGGAAGCUGGCAGCCAUGUCCAGGUCCGUGAAAAACGACUUGGAGACGGUGAACAACCGCGGCGCCGUGAUCGGCGGAGGCGUCCCCAACAACGGGAGCCUGGCGGGGGCGCCGGCGUGCAGCCUGAAGGAGAAGGAGGCCUUUCUUCUCCCUGGAGGUUCACAUAAAGUGUCCAACAAGGACGCAGCGCUGGCAGAGAAGAGCAGCGACAAUGGGUCCAUGGUCAAAAACAAAAUGGCCGACUGUAACCUGGCCAAAGAGGAGCAGCGCCUGGAGAAGAACCAGCUUGACCCUCAGAAACAUGACUCCUCCAGCAUCGUCCCUCCUCUCAGUCUUGUGAAGGACAGUCUGUAUCGCCCGGUGUUCAUCGCCCCUGAGUCCGUGGAGCAGCGUGUGUUUGCCACCGAGGUAUAACCUUGAGUUUUCAGAGCACCAGCGGAGGAGCUUUUACACUGGAGGGCCUGAAACGUUUCUGUCCUGGACAGAACAGCCUGAGGAUCUAUUCUACACACACGUUUUUAUUUAAUAUUUAUUGCUGCUGCUCACUGAAAACCAGCAAUCGCCACAAUGACUCAUUCUGCUUCAAUAGUGACAAUGUUGGGAUGACAGACCAGAUAAACUGAAUGUCCCACACCAUUUAUCUUUCAAUACUUUUAAAUCCUUUUUGACCUUUCUUUGCUUUUUUAUAUAAACAAAUAUAUAAAUUGUCCUUGAAUUAGAAAAUAUUUUGACAAGAAUAAUCAAAAAUCCUCUGCCUGAUGUUACAGGAACUGAAACUUUCUUUAAACCUUCUGGACUUUGUGCCUAAAAAUUGCAGAGUUUUUAAUGACUCUGGAUAUUUUUCUGAUUAUUUUUUCUCGUUGCUUUCUUCUGGAAUCAGUCAUGAUGCAGCAGCCUGCUGGGAAAACCCAACGCCGACUCUCAGUCACCGUCCAAACCAGAAAACCCGGAAGUCUCUCGUUGAAAAGAGCAGCUGCAGGAUGUAAAACAGAGUAAACUGUUUUGUUUUUCAGGUGCUCCUGCCGACCAGAGGAGCUUUUCUGAUUCAAACCCCAGCAGGUUGAAAAGUCUCUGAAGUCAUGAACAGAUCACCGAAGACGUGUUGAUAUGAAGAUGCGAUGGAAACUGUGUUGAUCUCGGUUUUGUCCUCCAGGAUUUUUCUAACCUCCCUGCUGCAGGCAGACAGUGAAAACGCUUCAGUGUCUUUUAUAUUCAGUGUAUUUUUCUAAUUAGUCCAUAUGAAACCAAAAACAUGUCUCCGGUGUUAUUUUAAAAACAAGGCAGUGUGUACAUGCCACCCAGAGGCCGGUUUUCAUAUUUAAUUUUCUCUGCUGUAAAUAAUUUUGUAUUUAUGGAAGAGAAUUGUGUAUAUGUUCUUGCUAAUGUUUCAGUCAGAAUCAAGAAAUAUAUAUUUUUCAUAAACGAA